AUGGUGGCCCCUAAAUAUCAAAGCAAUCGGUCUGGCCAGCAGUCUGCCUUCCCGAAUGAUUUCACCAGCAAAAGCACUCUCGAAAAUGACCGCCGGAAGCGAGAAGCCAUUGCCGCUGCCAAUCUUCGAGAAUCCCAGGCGGCUGAAAAACUGGAACGUGAACGCCGCGAAAGGGAGGAAGCAGCUGCCUUGAGAAUUCAAACUCUUGAAGGAAACGUCCAGAAUGCUACCUCCCAAAUAAAACUUCUUGAAGGACAGAAGUUAGAGGCCGAACACUCGCGUGACGAGUGGAUGGGGAAGUUCAAAGCCCAAGGCGAAGAUUUGAAUACACGGCUCCAGGCACUUAACCGUGACAUGGAACAGCAACGAAAUCAAAAGGACGCUCAAAUCAACGAAUUGAGAGAGCAGAGGAGCAGUAUUGAUCAUAAGAUUCUCGACGAGCUUCAAAAUGAUGACGUCCAGAUCCUAUCUAUUACAUACGGCAGCAGAGUCUACUAUGAUUCCGGAACCUCAGACUACAAGGAUUUGCUGUCGAAGUUCAAGGGUGCUGCCAGAAAUGGAGGUUCUUUCAGGGUCUGCAACGAACUGAUCGGUGAUGAUCCCAACGGUGGUCACUCCAAAUCCCUGAUCAUCGUGUAUCGAUACCUUCGACCCGGAGUUAAUCGACGUCUUCGAACCUUGACAGGCUGGGAAGGCAAUGAUACUAGAUUUGAUCCUUGGAAUUAG